AUGUCUACUGUACAGGCUCAUUUACUCUCUGAAAAAAACUCCUCGCAGUCUACAGUACGAUCCACAGGGUCUGAAUUGCUAGACGAUGUUUUGAAAGUAUGCCUUUGGAUUGCUCCCUGGUAUACAAGUUUAAGUACAUUGUUUUUUACAUGGUUAAUUGUUCUUUAUCCGCGACCUACUCUUGCAUGCUCUGUGUCUGCUUGGCUUUUCUGGUUUACAAGUAUGCGAAAUAUAGAUCACAAUCAAGCAUCUUCUCUUAAUACCGAAGAAGAAGAAGAAAACAAUAAGACUUCGGUUGAAAAUACUUCCGAACCGGCGAAUCCAACGACUGAAUCUGAAGAGCAAACCGUCCACAUUGACUCGGACGUGGAAGGAGAGGAAUUCGGUCAAGGAGCCCCUGGUCUUCAGCUUCUGCAAGGUAAAUGGACUCAUGGAAGAACACCAAGCACAGAAUUGCAUUCCUCAAGCGAUCCAUCAUCCCAAAAGCCCAAGAAAAAGGCACAAAGGUCUGAUAGCAUAGGUGAAGAACUUCACGAAGAAAAGGCACCGAUAACUGAAGAUGUGUUACAGAAGGCUAGCAGGCUUUCCAUCUCAAAAAUCGUAACUGAUCAUUUAAUUCGUAAAGACGAUUACCCCGUGGAAACUUCUCAAAAGAUCGAUAAAGGAUUAAUAUUUGUGAAAUCGUCAACUGGCCCCACUCUACUGGAUGCGUAUCUUGAGCCGAUUCACAAUUUGUAUCAGUAUUCACAGGCGUCCAAUACUCUGUUCUUCAGUUAUCUCCCAUUGAUUACAGCUAUAUUUAUUUUCUGUCUACCUACUCAAGCUGUGUUUAUUUUCUUGUCGUCAAUCGUGCUUGCAUGGCAUUCUCCUCCCAUGAAAGCCGUUACGCUCGCCGUUGCCCGAAUCUCUGUUUUCAGUUCACUUUCGGAAAAAUUUGUUUUUGGAAAAAUCGAAAACAAGGAGAAAGAAGAGGAAGGCUUAUUGGACGAGCCUCCGUCGAUUCCUGGGGAUGCUUCUAAAAUGGAAUCCAAAGAUGGUGCUACGACUAGUUUACUGAAAGCAUUCAAAAAAGGCACGGCCCCUACAAAACAGGAGGGCACUUCUACUGAGGGAACUGGAAAUGAAAACAUAACGGAAAAAUGUCUACAUCUAGUAGAACAUCAGCGGUACUGGGUUGGUGUUGGCUGGUUAAAUCGAACACUACCAACGGAUCACCCCAACUUUACAAGCUCAGACAGAAAUGUUCCUGUAGCAGAGCCUACCGCUCAGUUUCUUCCUCCCGAUGGAAUUGCUUGGAUUGACGACAAGUGGUCAAUUGGCCCAUGGACAUAUACGGACACGUUUUGGAGACAACCUUCUUUAACCCAGUUUAAGACGGCGUUUACAAGAUUCCGAGAAUGGAGAAGAAGGUAUCGUACUUUGCCGCAGGAAGCUGUUCCUUCUAUGUCGGAUACCAUAUCAUCUGACAAGCGAUUAGAUGAUGACCAAGCUGCCGAUUCCCGUAGUACAAACUAUACAACCGGGACUACAAAUUCUCAAUCCAAAGCAGAAGCCAACUUGAAAACUAUCAUGGAUGAGAAUGUACCUGAUCCUAAGUCCAGACCUUCAUCCAUUUCUUCUAAAAGAUGA